CUCUUCAGCGACAGUUUGCGUUCGACAAUGGUCAAGUGAGGAUGUGAUUAGACGCCCCGAUGACGUAAAAAAAAAGGCGGAAAAAUGUUAAACAAAAUGAAAAAAGUGACUCCGAUAUCGCUUUUUAGAGUGGAAAUCACCCUGUGUAUAGUGUUAAGUGCCAUAUCCGUGACAAAAUCCCAGUUUCGUAACGACCAGGACCAAGAAUACUAUCGCUACAACAGAGAUUACCCAGGAUACACGACCCCGCACUCUGUCCGCUCGCAAUACAACAGCGGCGACACCUACUACGGCACAGACCGUCGAUACGACACCCGCUUCGACGACCCAACUCGAGUUCGGGGCUUCGACAAUCGCUACCAAAGGGCAGAGGCUUCGUGA